AUGACCGGCCCCUCACCAGAGCAGCCAGCAUCCGCGUCGUCUUCCAGCCAGCAAGCAACCGCCCUUCAAGAUGCCUCGGGACGCCACUCCGCCGCCGCCGCCGCCGCCGCCGCCGAACUCGCCGGUGCGAAGAUGAGCCUGCGCAAGACUCUCCGCAACUUCCCCGACUUCCCUAUUCCCGGCAUUGACUUCGUGGACAUCAUGCCCCUCUUCGCCAACCCUCUAGCCCACGCCACCCUCGUCUCCGCCCUCGAGCUGCAGAUCGCCGUCUCCUUCGCUCAGAACAAACCGGACGUCAUUGUUGGCCUCGACGCUCGCGGCUUCCUCUUCGGCCCCGGCCUCGCUCUCCGCCUCGGCGUUGGAUUUGCCGCCGUUCGCAAGCAGGGCAAGCUGCCAGGUCCCUGCGUCACGGCCGAGUAUGUCAAGGAAUACGGCUCGGAUCACUUUCAGAUGCAGCAGGACGCCAUCCGUGAGGGACAGAAGGUUCUUAUUGUUGACGACAUUAUCGCCACGGGUGGCUCCGCCAAGGCUGCAGCGUCUCUCGUCACCCAGCUCAAGGGCCAAGUUAUGGGUUAUAUGUUCAUCCUCGAGAUCCCCGGCCUCAAUGGCCGCAAGGAGCUCGGCGAAGCGCCAACGACCAUCCUGCUCGAAGAUGCCUAG